CUGUGGGGGUAUAAAGUCACUAUGGCAGUUAAAGUGUAUGGUCAGCCAGCGCUGAAUAAUAUCCUUCUUUAAUUGGCUUUUGGCCCAUCUGGAUUAAAUUUUGUAAUGCUAAUAAUUAUUAUUCUCUCCCAACUCUUGCUUUCUGAUUAUAAACACAAACAAAUGUCUUAUUAUGUGCUUUUAAAGUAUAGAGAAUCUAUGACUGGUCUGUUUGGUGAGGCUUGCAUUUGAAGUCUUUCUUUCACUUUUUUGUUGUUGUUGAGAGAGGUCACUCAAAUGAGAGUUUAUGCCAAUGGUUCCUUGCUUUAAUAUCAGAGUUCCAUCCUUGAAGCUCUUUCCCAGAUGCUGGUUGGGUCGUUUCUUCAAGGGGCAUAGGUCAGCUUUAAGUUUAAUUUUCAGUAAUUGCUAUAAUACUUCUGAUGAUUAAAUAAAUAGAUUUUUAUAGCAUCCAAGAAAAAACUUGUAUAUCUCACCAACAAGCGGGAGAUUGUCAUCACCAUAUUAUUGCUUAGAUUUUAAGGUUGAGUCUUCUGUUAUUCACUUGUUAGAGGGCACUGGUAAGCUCUUAAUUUUCAGUAAAUAUAUUUCUGAUAAUUAGAUGAAUUGUUAUAGUAUCUCAUUGGAAAAUUACUGGCAAAGCUCCACGAUAAAAGUCAAUCUUAUAAGAGUAUUUAAUUGUCUAAUCUUGAAAGAUCUACUUGAUAAAAUGAAUGAUCCAGUAAACUAGAAUUAAUUCACUUGAACCUAAUUUCACCCUAAACCAGGCAUUAACACACUAGAGCAUGCUGCAUGCACAAAUAGAUCAAAUUAAACUAUAUUAGACCUGCAUUGAAUACUUAACCGUAUAUGUAGAAUACUGAGUAUGAAACAGACUAACCAAGAAGUAAGCAGACCAUAUUAGUUCCAAGUAGACUAGUUCAUACAAAACCAGAAAAUUCCAAUCCAUAUGAUGAACAACUCCCUAUUUGUUGGUUUGCAAACUCUUCAAAGUGACUUUUUUUUUGUGAAUAAAAGUGACUAACUUUUAGUUCGGAACCUUGUUCUAUGUUUGAGUUUCUUCAAAAAUGGACAUUACAUUGGUCUAUGAUUAGUUGAGCUUAACAUCCUUAGAACUAUCACAAAUUUGCCACCCAGUGCCCCUAAUUUUUUACUCUAAUCUAAGAGCAGAAACAAUGAGUGUAAUUUAUGGAGCAUGAUCGUUUCCUCACCUUAUUGCCUAGGUUUUCAUGGUGAGUCUCAUACUCAGUUCUUAUAUCUUUGUUGGGUGUUGGGUUCAUUUAGAAACUACAAUUGCAGCAUGAUAGUUUAUACAGAUGGCCUCCUACUUCAAGUCUUCAACUGUAUUUAAGAAUGUGUUAUCUUGCUUGCUUACCCCUCCGUCUCUGUAUAUUGUUUCUGUAGCUUUAUUCGUCAAUGGAGAAAGGUUUCAGCUUUACAGAAUUCAUCACUGUUUUACUGGUUCUGUCAUCCUUAGUCAGUUAUUCGGACGAAAAAGAACACUUAUCCUCCAUUGAAAGCCAAACACUUCUGAGAAUUCGGGAACUUCUAUACUCUCCAACUCCAUUAAGCAGUUGUAAUAACCAAACUAAUUUCUGCAACAUUGAACCAUCUCCAUCUCUUACCAUUGUCUGUUAUGAAGGAAGCAUAACUCAGUUACAUAUAAUCAACAAGGGCAUUACUUCCCGAUUGCCGGAAAACUUCUCCAUUGAUUCCUUCGUUGCUUGCCUUGUUAUGCUCUCUAAUCUGAAGGUCCUGAAAUUGGUUUCUCUGGGAUUAUGGGGCCCACUGCCUGGGAAUAUUUCAAAUUUAACUGCUCUGGAGAUACUUGACUUGAGCUCUAAUUUCUUACGAGGAUCCAUACCACCAAGUCUCUCAUCGUUAACUCAUCUAAUAGCUCUGACACUAGACGGUAACAACUUUACUGGAAGAUUGUAUGAGGAUUUUGAUUUGCUUCGAGAUUUGGUGGUUUUGAGUGUAAAAAACAAUUCUCUCACAGGCACGCUGCCAAACACUCUAGGAGAUUUACGAAAUCUUCGGGUCCUCUCCUUGUCGAGGAACAAAUUUAUGGGAAAUGUGCCGGAUUUAAGCCGCCUGGAAAACCUUCAAGUUCUCGAUUUGGAAGAAAACUCGCUCGGACCUAGGUUUCCGAAAUUCGGAUCCAAAAUCACCACCCUCGUGCUCAGGAGGAACAAAUUUGCCUCGAACAUACCGGACGAAGUUCGAUCGUGUAACCAUCUUCAACACUUGGACGUUUCUUCCAAUGAACUCGUGGGGCCGUUUCCGCCGUCAUUGAUUUCUCUUCCGUCGAUCGGUUAUUUAAGCAUUGCGGAAAACAAACUGUCGGCAGUGCUUGAUGAAAAUCUUCCGUGCAAUUCCGCACUGAGUUUCGUGGAUCUGUCCGAUAAUCAGUUGACAGGGAGAAUACCUAGUUGUCUUACGACCGGUUCGAAGAACGCGGUUGUGCUUUCAUCCGGAAACUGUUUACAAGGCGGAGACAAAGAUCAGCGUCCGGUUUCGUUCUGUAUGAACCAAGCUUUUGCAGCGGGGAUUAUACCUCGUCGUGACAGUAAAAGGAAAGGUUCCAAAGCGAUUCUGGCGUUGAUCAUAUGUGGGAGCAUUUUAGGAAGUCUUGUACUACUUGCUAUGGCGGUUUUGAUUGCCAGAAGAUAUUUUGAGAAUAAGGGGAAGAAAAAACCCGCCACCAGAUUCAUAGUGGAAAAUGCUUCGUCUGUUUACACAUCAAAGCUGUUCUCCGACGCCCGGUAUAUGACUCGAGCGAUGAACUUAGGAUCGCCAAGUGUUCCAUCAUAUCGGACCUUUUCACUGGAAGAACUAGAAGUGGCAACGAACAACUUUGAUACAUCAAGUUUCAUAGGUGAAUCUUCCAACGGUCAGAUAUACAGAGGCCAACUGGGAGAUGGUUCAUAUGUUGCUAUUAAAUGCCUAAAACUGAGAAGAAGCAAUAGCAUUCAAAGUUUCAUGCAACGCAUCGAGUUAAUCUCAAAGCUCAGACACCAGCACCUAGCCAGUGCUCUUGGCCACUGCUUUGAGUGUUACUUUGAUGAUUCUACUGUCAGUAGAAUAUUCCUUGUCUUUGAAUAUGUACCGAAUGGGUCCUUACGGAGCUGGAUAUCUGAGAAGCAUGGAAGACCGACACUAAAUUGGGGACAGCGAGUUUCAGCUGCUAUAGGAGUAGCUAAGGGUAUCCAGUUCUUGCAUACUGGAGUUGUUCCUGGUGUAUUUCCUAAUAAGUUGAAGAUAACAGAUGUUCUGUUGGACCAGGAGCUCGUUGCAAAAAUUAGCAGCUUUAACCUACCCAUUUUGGCUGAUGGACAGGUCAGCCUUCCAACUGUUCCAGGUGGUACCAAGGAGCACAAUAGUGCAAGUGCAAGAUACAAUGAAAAGCUGGAUGUAUACGACUUCGGUGUAAUAUUACUAGAACUUAUUACAGGGAGGAGGAUAAAUAACAAAAAGGAAGUGAAGAUCCUUAAAGAUAAGUUGCAAGCAAGUCCAACGGCUGAUGAUGCAUGGAGAAGAAAUAUGGUUGACCCAAGGGUCGAGGGUUCAAGUUCUGAUGACUCUGUACGGACAAUGGUGGAAAUCUGCUACAGAUGUUUGUUUGAGGAUCCUGCAGAUAGGCCAUCAUUUGAAGAUGUUUUGUGGAAUUUGCAGUUUGCUGCUCAAGUCCAAGACACAUGCCACACAGGCUCUCUUAGCAGCAGCGACGUCUCUCCCAUCUCCCCCUUUCACCCUUCGCGACUCCAUAUAUCCGUUCGGUAGCAAGCGGGCCCACCACUAGUUUGUUAAAAAAUCACAAAAUUUUGUGUGUAAAAACUCAUAAUGAAGAUUUCCUAUAGGGGUUCUGGCUAUGUCACUGGUUCAGGAAUGGCAACUUUUCACAUGUAGGGCAUAAUGUCUUACGUGACACCAUUAGAUCACUUUAGGGGAUCGCGUUAAUUUUAAGGAAACUUAAUGGUGCAAGUCGCAAGAUGAGUCAGCCAUACAUAAAUAGCUUAACAUUUGAGUGAAAUAUAUACACCUAGUAGACGUUUUUCUAAGCAGAACUUACCAUUGAAGAAAAGAUG